GCGUUAUGAUGUAUGUCUGCUAUGUUUAUUUGCAGUUUGUUGGCAAAAUUUUCCCUGCCUUGGUCGAUCUGUUGCAGUCAUGUUCGCUUUCUUCGCACGGGGAGACGUCUUCGUGCCUGAAAAGACCUUCGCCCAGCGGUUGACAAAGAGCGCUCAGCACAUACGGGCAGCAGAUUUUACUUCCUAGUGGCUACCCGACGUAAAUGACGCCUGUGCUGUCAAGCGGUUCCCUCUUGUAGAGUAAUCCGGUCCGUGCGAUCAUGGAAACGACUUCGCACGACGAAGCCGGUCCUUCAACUCGUAGCGAUGACUGCCCGAACAGCGAGUGCCCGAAAGAAGGCACGCCCGUCAAGCUGAAUGGAGUCAGGAAGGCGGGCCCAUACUUGCUCGGUCCAAAGUUGGGAACUUCUCCAGUGUGCAGCAUAACGCAGUGCUUGGCCAAGAAGGAAGGCACUGAUGACUUUUAUACUAUUAAGGUUCUCAUCAUACGAAGCCCAGAAGAAGAGACCCAGGAGGACCGCCAAGGCAAAAUGCUAUUGCAUACCGAGUAUUCGUUGCUCUCCAUGCUUCACAAUCAGGACGGUGUUGUGCACCACCAUGGAAUAUUUAAGGACCGUGCUUGGGACAUGCGAGAGACUGCAGAAGGCCUCGUGUACACGGGACGGCAGCAGCGGCGCCUGUGCCUCGUGCUCGACUGCCUGUGCAGGCACGACUUUGGCACGGCCACGGCCGACUUGGUCAACCUGCAGCACUACGUCAUUCGGGAGAAGCGCCUUCAGGAGCGGGAGGCCCUCUUCAUCUUCCAGGAUAUUGUGCGCAUCGUCACCGCUUUGCACAAGCUGAACAUAGUUCACCGGGACCUGAAACUGGGCAAUAUGGUUUUCGACAAGCGGAAACGGAAGGUCACCAUCACAAACUUUUGCCUUGGCAAGCACCUCAUCAACGAGAAUGACCUUCUUAAGGACCAACGCGGAAGUCCCGCCUACAUCAGCCCCGACGUGCUCAGCGGGAAGCCCUACUUGGGCAAGCCGAGUGACAUGUGGGCGCUGGGUGUGGUGCUGUUCACCAUGCUUUACGGACAGUUUCCGUUCUAUGACUCCAACCCGCAGGAACUGUUUAGGAAAAUCAAGGCUGCUGAAUUCACCCUACCCAAGGAAUCACCUCUUUCGGAGAACACGCGGAUGGUCAUUCACAAGCUUCUCGUUCUCAACCCCAAGCAGAGGAUGAAGGCUGAUGAGGUGCUUGAGUCCGUCACAAGCACAUUGGCUGUGUGGAAUUCCCUAGCAACCAGUGGAAAGCCUCUCCAAGUUGUGCCAGACAUUGAUGAGGACGAUAACACGCGCAGCGAGGAAGCCAACACGCUCAAGAGUCAAGAGCAGUCCUCUGCCUCGGCAAGUGUGGCCGCGUCGCCGUCCUCCUCCGGUCUGGCCGAACUGCAACACCCUUCAGGAAGCAACGUGGGGGACUUCAUCUUUGGUACGCGCCUCAGCAUCGGUUACGCGCCGUACACUCGAAAGCCCCCUGUAGUCAGCCCUCCCGCCAAGAGGAGACAGCCCGGCGUGCUGCCCAUCCAGCGAGUGCACGUUGACGCCCGUCCCCUGACCGCUAUCGAGAGCAUGCAGUACCACAACAUGCUGCGCCACACCGCCUCCUCCUCGAGUUCUUCGUCGUCCUCCUGAUGUCCACACUGACAGUCGAGGAAACGUUCAAUAUCAGUGUGAAACCCCACCGGAAAAGCUUGUGAAAAUAGCCCUCACGCUGGUCUGUGCACAAAAAGCCAGUGGUGUCUGUACUACCUUUGGGAGGCGCAUUAGCAUCUCCAAACAAAUAAUCGUCGGUCUCGCUUGCACUUCUUCUCGUGAAAAUUUCAAGCGCGCAACUUUCUUGUCGGGAAUGCGUGUUAUGUUGAUAACGGGCAUGCUGUUUGUGGCCGAGUGGUACCAGACGUUCAGCAUUGUAGAAGCGAAAGGCACUGAUAAUGGCGACAAUUUUUGUUUGGACGAUGAUAAUUGGGUUCAACAUGAGCUUCAACCGGUGUAUUUUUUUUGUUCUUUGGCAGUGUACCACGAAAGAUGAGACUGGACACUCAGGGCAAAAAUAUGGUGCAAGCUACACAACCACUUGUUCUCUUGUCACACUUUUACUUGUUUGUAUCAUACACAUCAUUCUGUCACUCGCUUGUCCCAUUACUUGCACAGUAAAACUGUGCCGUAACAAAGGUUCGUCUGACACACAAAGGUAGCUCUGUUGUUUCCUGCAUUUGUUAUAAAUGUAUGUUUGAUGAGCGUGGAUGUCGGUCAGAAAAACAUGCUUUUUUUAUUCACUGUACUUAUGAUUCCCCUUUUUGUCUGAGUUUGUUGUGUCGAGGUUAAGUUGUAGUUUAGUCUAGUGACAGUUACUGCUGUCCUUGGGAAUUCGGAACAAAGGUGGUAAUGGUAAGGUAACGGGUUACAACUUUCUACUCGCCAAGAUUUGUCUAUAUUCUGCCACAGAUCAUUGUGCCCUCUGAUCAGGUUUGUCAUUCCAGCAGCCACAUUUACUGAAUUCCAUAGUGCUGUAAAGCGAAUGUAUUCCAUGCUUUCACAGUGCUACAUAAUUGAUUUGCGCCACCCUUGACUUGUGGCUCGAGCCUUGCUUACAGAAGAAAUUUGAGGUAGUUUGUGGAAGAUGUACUGGUUGUACUACCUAUCUAUGUGUCAAGGCAGCCAGGUUUAAGAUGAUCACUCUGCCCAAGCAGGAGACAGUGUUUUCUACACUUAACAGCUACUUUUUUUUUUUCUUAAACUUUUCUCUGAGCAAUGAGAACCCCAGUAGAAAGCAAUGCUACAAAAAACCGGUGACUUACUGAGGUGUGCUUAGUGUGACCAGCUUAUUUUUGGUGGUGGAAGCAAUUUCACCUCCAUUGCUGUAGGGACCUAACCAUCUAAUACAGACAUGUCCAGCCUUGCAAGCAAUUGGAAUGUCAUCGUCUCUUACACCAAGUUGGCUUCCGCCACAAUUCCCCUAGCAGCAACGAUCACCUGCUAUUUUGAAGUCUUAGCGAUAACUUUAGUGCAUAAAUUACUGGCUUGUAAUGUUUCAAGCGAAACAAUUGUACUUCCUUAUUAAAGAUUGGUAAGAUGUAAUAUAGGGCAAUUAAUUGCACUUGUUGUGGUUUGGAAUGCGCUAGGACAAGAUCAUAACUCAUGUAAUUCUUCUGCUACAGAUGUCGUUUCACUAUGAGUGUUCUUAUAACACUGUCCCUCCUUGCACAAAUUUUCUUUGCACGAUCAUUUCGUUACAAAAAAAAAGGCUACUACAGGGGUGUACGAGAUAAAGUGCAGCUAUUUUUUGUUCUUGUCAGAAGCUUUGUCAUUUUGUGAGAACAAUUUUUUGUGCAUUCAAUGCCUUUUGUAUCAUACUUGUCUUAUAUGUUUUUCAUUUAUUUUCACGCAGAAAAAGUUGUUCGAAAUUGUGUGAGCAGUUAUGCUACAACUAAAAAAAAGACGUUUGUCACAUAACUUAAUCAAAGCACCUUGUACUAUAAAGAAGGCUCCAGCCACUUGAAGGUUGCCCUCCUCACAAUAUUCAUUUGUCUUUUCUCCUGCACUCCUUCAUCAAGCACUCAAGGUUAAACUAUGCUUUGCGCGACUCUCUGCUGGUGCACUAUGCAAAAUGCCCGAUAAAAUGUGUAAAACCAUAUCUACCUGUACACUACUCGCUCAAUUGGUUUGUAAACAAUUGUAAAAGCAUUUCAUGGUCCCCUACACCUUUCCUUUAUUACGCACUUUAAUAAUUGUCAGGGCUUUACAUCCCAAAACCACGAUAGCAUUAUGACAGAGGCUGUAGUAGAGGGCUCUGGAAAAGUAUAGGGCUACCUACUGCUGGACAAUAUGCCUUGUGAAUACUAAAGAAACAUUUGCAGAAACAGUGCAAAGAAUCUUAAAAGUCCACUGAGCUUUGUGCAAAGUUUUUUUAGGAAGUUGUAGUCGUGUAACAUUUUGGGCUUGGCUUAAUUUCACAUUUGUCUUUAUUUUCCAGUGUAGGAGACUUUACUUCUCACAAAAACACUUACCUUCUCUCUCUUUUCUUUUUCCGAUUAUAGCAGUAGUGGCAACACUGUAGUGACAAUUACAAUCGGCAUUGAUUAUUUGUUGUAAGUCUAGUUAUUGAUUUAAGCUUGAAUGAUUUGUUUACUCAUGUAUUCAACUCCGUAUGGUGCUGUGUAAUUACAAGCAUCAUCACAAGCAAAGUUCACCUCAUAUUGCAUUCGUCAAUUUUUUUUCCCUAUGUGUCCCUGUGAAAUUAUCAUCUGUUGUAGUACAGUUUUACAAAUGCACUCAAAUGAAAUAUUUGUAUAAAUUUCAUAUACUACCUC